GUCCUCGAAGUGGACACCGCCUGGCAAUUUGGACGCAGUACGCCGCGCACAGGGACAUACACAUUAGCGUCACUAACACACGAUAGAACACUUAUAAACAAUGGCCGACCCAUUUGUAGAAAGUAGGUUGACCGGUUGGCGUACACAGCUACAUGAUACCUGUAUGAAACACCUUACGCUAUCUCCAGCCCAGGAUGACUGCUUUAGAAAGUUAUUCUUACGAUGGGAUCGCAGAGGGUUUGGUUCAAUGGAUGGAGAUAAUGCGCGAAGGCUAUUCAGAACGGCGGGACUGCCUGAUGAAAUAUUGUUCGAUAUUUGGAGCGUAGCAGAUAUCGACGGUACAGGUGAACUCGAUUAUAGAGCAUUCUGCAUAUGCUGCGUUCUCAUUGCACAUGCACAAAUGAAUCCAGAGCUCCUGUCACACGUGGAUUGGUUAAUGGAUAUGGAUUUUGUCAACCGAGUGGCCAGCGGCGUGCCCAUGUCAGAAUAUUUACCGUACUUCGACCUAGAAGCACUAGACAUAUGCGAACGAGGAGAGAUGCCAGAUAUCACGCCGGAUGAAGCUAUGCGAUAUGAAAAGUUAUUUUAUACACUAGAUAGAGAUGGAGAUGGAUACCUAGAGGGACAAGAUGUAAGGGAAUAUUACAUCAUGAGGAAUGAACUGAAUGAUGAAGAACUACUGCGAAUAUGGGAAAUCGCAGACGCAGAUGUCGACGGUAGGCUGACAAUGAAGGAAUUCAUGGUAAUGGAGCACCUAGUGCACUAUUCAAUAUCCAAGGCAAACAAAUAUUCACAAUCACGACUCAUGCACUCCCAGCACAGAGAUGACGGAUUUAAGCUUUCUUCAGUCACAAAAGAUUACGAACAGGUGUCUAGCGUCAAUGGAGAUGUACAUAGAUCGGGAAUGAUUAAAGAAACUCCACAUGAUCUCAACAGUACAAGAACAACAGAAGCAGAUAACAGUUCCACGAAACAGCAUGCCAAGGAACUAAUGCCAAUAGUCACAGAAAGUAAGCCAGAGACUGAGCACCAAGCAUAUACCAAACCUGCUGCAUUUAAUGACUCGACUGUAGGUGAAGAGCCUGAAAUGGAUGUUACCGAUAGCACCAAAAUAAAGGAUCACGCAGAGUCCUUGAAGCUACAUGUGGCAGACCUAGAAGCUGAAGUGGAGAAACUACGCUCAGAAAAUAGCCAACUUAUGGCGAUGUAUAACCAAAGUGAAGAGCGUAUCGAGCAGCUCCAUGCAUUACAUAAAAUGCACGCAAUGGAAAUGGAAGCAGAACAGGCAGCACUUAGAAAAGAAGAGCGUGAACUUAAUGAACUCCAAGAUCGUAUCAAAUCACUAAGACGUGAGAAACUGAAACAUGAGAGUGAACAGCAAGCACUGCGAGAUGCACUCAUGCAUACUGAAGAUGCUGAACAGACAAUGCUAAGAUCAGUUCGAAGUGAGCAUAGCAAGGUAACAGCAAUAAGAGGUGAACGUAUACAGACAAUGCGAACAACCAUUGAGCUCCUGGAAUCACUGCAUCCGGCAAUCAACAGUCCUGGUACCCAGAAACCAACAAUGCGAGCAAUAAAUGAUCGUAAUGUAGUACACGACUCCAAAGGUAUACGAGUCACAGCAGCGGAAAGCGUCAUGGAAAGAAGACUCAACCCGCACAUGUCGUCACGCCAUAAUACAGAAUGGGCACAAAAGCAAGGUGAAGUGUACCAAGGAUGAAACAGAAAAUGAUAUAACCACUAUCGCACAUCCAAUAAGUAUAGUAACAUAAAAUAAGUACUAAUCACAAAACAU